AUGAGCGCUCAAUCCCCGGCGGGCGGCGAGGGCCGCGAACAGGACCGCCUCCUCCCCGUCGCGAACAUACAGCGCAUCAUGCGACGUUUGUUGCCCGCCGACGAGAAGAUCUCGAAGGACGCGAAGGAGGUGCUCCAGGAGAGCCUGUCACGACGCGGCGUCCGGUAACUCCGGUUCGCGACACGUCGCCCCGACGGCGCGAAGCUGACGCCGUCGACGCGCAGGUCCGAGUUCGUCUGCUUCGUCACCGAGGAAGCCGCCGGCCGCUGCGCCGAGGAGAAGCGCAAGACGAUCAACGGCGACGACCUGAUAUUUGCGCUCCAGAAUUUGGGGUUCGAGGAGUACGUGCCGCCGCUGCAGUCGUACCUCGCGCAGUACCGCCGCGUGUCGAAACAGAAAGAGAAAGAAUAA